AUGUCCAAGCAGCACUCCAAGUACAGCAAGAAACAGAAGCGGGACGAUGACAGUACCUCUGAAGACCUCGAUGACGACCUUCAGCCAAUCCAUUUCUUCGUUCCCGGCGAAAACAUUAAUGCCGCCGUCCUCGUUGAAUACAUCACCCAAUAUGUCGAUAGGACUGCGAAGAUUACAUCAAGUCAUCAUCCAACCGUGAGGGCAUAG